GCGGGGACCCUCGGCCGGGAUGGCGGCGGCGGCGGCGGCGCGCGGAGUGUGGGGCGGACCGCGCCGCGUGGCGCUCAGGCUGCCGCGGAGAGCCGGUGCCCCCUGGAUCGCCUCAGUCACCGCGUCCUUCUCCUCCUCCUCGGUGCCAACAACCAAACUCUUCAUUGAUGGAAAGUUCAUUGAGUCCAAAACUACUGAAUGGAUUGAUAUCCACAACCCAGCCACAAAUGAGGUGGUUGGCCGUGUACCGAAAGCCACAGCCAGUGAGAUGGAGGCAGCUGUGGCUUCUUGCAAAAAGGCUUUUUGGAACUGGUCAGAAACAUCUGUUUUGAGUCGCCAGCAAAUCUUUCUGCGCUACCGACAACUCAUCAAAGAGAAUCUGAAAGAACUUUCCAAACUCAUCACCUAUGAGCAAGGGAAGACCCUGGCUGAUGCUGAGGGAGAUGUUUUCCGAGGCCUGCAGGUGGUUGAACACGCUUGCAGUGUGACAUCCCUCAUCCUUGGGGAGACCAUGCCUUCCAUCACUAAGGACAUGGACACUCACACCUACCGCCUGCCUCUGGGAGUGUGUGCUGGCAUUGCACCAUUCAACUUCCCAGCCAUGAUUCCUCUUUGGAUGUUCCCUAUGGCCAUGGUUUGUGGAAACACCUUCCUGAUGAAACCGUCUGAGCGUGUACCAGGAGCACUGAUGUUCCUUGCCAAGCUGUUUCAGGAUGCUGGUGCCCCUGAUGGGACCCUGAAUAUUAUCCAUGGACAGCAUGAAGCUGUGAAUUUCAUUUGUGACCACCCGGAUAUCAAAGCAAUCAGCUUUGUGGGAUCCAAUCAGGCUGGCGAGUACAUCUAUGAGAGAGGAUCCCGGAAUGGCAAGAGAGUCCAGGCCAACAUGGGAGCCAAGAAUCAUGGUGUGGUGAUGCCUGAUGCCAAUAAAGAGAACACCUUGAACCAGCUGGUUGGAGCUGCUUUCGGAGCAGCUGGCCAACGCUGCAUGGCCCUGUCUACAGCAAUUCUAGUAGGAGAAGCUCAGAGAUGGCUGCCAGAGCUUGUAGACAGAGCCAAAAAUCUACGAGUAAAUGCAGGAGACCAGCCUGGAGCAGAUCUUGGGCCUCUAAUCAGUCCCCAGGCUAAGGAACGGGUUUGCGGUCUGAUUGAGAAAGGAGUAAAAGAAGGUGCCAGCCUUCUCCUGGAUGGACGUAAUAUCAAAGUGAAGGGUUAUGAAAAGGGCAAUUUUGUUGGACCAACGAUCCUUGCCAAAGUCAAGCCAAACAUGACUUGCUAUAAGGAGGAAAUCUUUGGGCCUGUCCUAGUGGUGCUGGAAACAGACACUUUGGAUGAGGCCAUUGAGAUGGUGAACAAUAACCCCUAUGGGAAUGGAACUGCAAUCUUCACCACCAAUGGAGCCACAGCUCGGAAGUAUUCUCACUUAGUAGACGUGGGGCAGGUGGGUGUCAAUGUUCCAAUCCCAGUACCUCUGCCCAUGUUCUCUUUCACUGGCUCUCGUGCUUCUUUCAGAGGGGACGCCAAUUUCUAUGGCAAACAGGGAGUGCAGUUCUACACACAGCUGAAAACGAUUAUUUCUCAAUGGAAGGAGGAAGAUGCCACCAUUGCCAAGCCUGCUGUGGUUAUGCCAACUAUGGGAAACUAAACCCGCCUUUGCAGAUGCUGUUCCUGGUGCCCUUCUAUGCUGCACUUUCCAGCUUUGUCCUGACUAUCACCCUUUACUUGGGAAUGAAUAGAAAGCUCCUUUGUCUCAAGGAUCUGUUACUGUGCAGGCUCAUGUGACUCAUGGUCUGGAUUUUCUGUUGCUGUCAGUGUUUUUUUGGUUAGCUGAACUAAUUUUUUCCAUACAACCUAUCAAAGACUAAAUAACCUUAUCUAACUGAAAGGGCAGCCACUGAGAUAGGUCUUAGUUUGUGUUUCUUUCCAGACCCCGUGAACUUGAACAUAACUCUGGUUUUCACUUCAGUAUCUUUAGCCUUAGUGACUCACUCCUGACUACAUCUUGUAGCAGGUUUAUUUACCUCUUUAUCUUGCAUAUUAAGAUUCUGAGUUCACCUUACUCUAAGAUGGGUACUCAUUUUGAGUGGCAUAACUGGGACAUCUUGAGUGUCUCACAGAAGUGACUUUACAUAUGAUGAAAACAGCAAGUUGUCAGUCUUUCACCUGUCAAGCAGUUUCCAAAACACUGGGAAAUAGCUUUGUAUGGAUUUUUCAGGAAAGCAUAUUUGAUUGCUUGUCUGAGGAUGAAAGAAAUUUCUGUAUGGUACAGUGACCUUCACUGUACCUUUGACAGCUUGUAAACUUCUGUUCCUGUUCUGUCUGGAGCUUGUAUGCUCAAGCUUGCCAGCAAUUCCAUUAUAGCUGAAAGUUGUUUGGUGCCUUUUCGCUGUGCUAGGGGAUACAAGCCUACAUGUCCUGUACCAUAGUGAAACUGUGGAAGCAGAAACAAAACCAUGUGUGUGUGUCUUUGUGUCACAGCAUCAUGUGUGUCCAGAUAAAAUGGAGCCUAAGUAGACAGGUCAGUAGGAAGAAAGAACACAUUUUUUAAUAUCAAAGCAGCCAGGCCUUGUCUGUUUGUUUCCUGAUUGCAGCUGUCCUGAUUGUAGCUGUAUUUGUUGUGUUGGUUGAUUGACUCCUUGUCACAUUUGCUCAAACACAGUAAUGUACUCUUGGGACUGCAAGUUCCUAUUGAUACAGAGGAGUAAACUUGGUAUAUACAAUGUGGUUUUAAGAAUCUGCAUUUGGAGUUGGAGAACCUAUAUUUUUAUUUCUGGUUCCUGAAAGAUGAUGCAGCCAUGAAGGAUCUGCAGGGAUCUCACUCAAACAUCCAUGGAAAAUAAUAUUCUUCUAAUGAUUGUAACCAUUAAGUGUUCUAAUGAAACAACCUGAAUGUGAACACUUUGUAUCCUGCCUUCUGGUAAAGAUGCCUUGUAACUGACAGCUCUAUAUUAGUGCAAUUGCUGUGCAUUCACUAAUGUUUGUAUCUUGUUUUUUUUCCUCUGCUAUACACUAGAGGGAAAUUCUCACCUUGCAAUUUGAUUACGAAUUAAAAACAUGCUUAUGUAUUUCUGCA